ACCCAAAAUUAUAAAACUUGGAAGAAUAAAUUUGUGUUGGUAAUUAUGCAGGCACUUUUCAGUAUUGACAUGUUAAUCCUCUUCUUGGCUUCAAUCUGUGGCAUCGGGGGAGCUUUAACAGCCAUAAACAACUUGGGACAGAUCGGAGCCUCCCAAGGGUACCCCAAGCAAAGCAUAAGCACUUUUGUUUCCCUUGUUAGCAUAUGGAGUUUCCUCGGCCGAGUUAUUUCGGGUUUUGCCUCAGACAUCAUCCUGGCUAAGUACAAAUUUCCUCGCCCUCUUCUGCUUACCUUCAUCAUGCUCCUCUCCUGCCUUGGUCACCUCCUGAUUGCCCUCAACAUCCCUGAUGGACUCUAUGUUGCAUCCUUAAUCAUCGGAUUCUGUUUCGGAGCGCAGUUCCCGUUGAUUCUUGUAAUAAUUUCUGAACUCUUCGGACUCAAGUACUACUCCACACUAUACAAUUUCGCGGGCGUGGCGAGUCCUAUUGGGUGCUACGUCCUCAACGUGAAGGUGGUUGGAAAUUUGUACGAUGACGAGACAAAGAAGAAAAUGGCAGUGCUGGGAAUCACGAGGAAGCCUGGACAAGACCUGAACUGCACCGGCACUGAUUGCUUCAAAUUACCUUUUAUCAUAAUUACAGGGACAACAUUGUUUGGUGCACUUGUUACAUUUUUUCUUGUGUUUAGGACCAGAAAAUUUUACAAGAGGGUCAUAUAUAAAACAUUGCAGGGGAAGCAGAAUGAGGCCGAGGCCAAUGCCGGGGCCGAGAAAGACGCUGCUCGAAAUGGUGCCGUAGCAGCCGUGGAAGUUCCCAAGACGGGGUAAAAAUUAAAGAUCUCAGAUGUAUGUAUAUAUAGAGAGAGAGAUAAGAAUCAUUAAUAACUAAGUAAAAAAGAAUAGAUCUC